AUAAGUAAUUAUACCAGGAUUUAUGCUAUCACGCGGACAUGAUUAACAUUUCAUUUAUGCAUACAAUUUUAAAAUAAUUAUUGAAAAAUAACUAUGAUUCGUGUUGUUUCUAUUGUUUUAAUUUGGGCAAAUUUCACAGAAGCUGUGGUUUCCAAUUGGAACACACCCCUUCCUGGAACUGCAGGCAGAGGAAAUGAAUCUAUAAUAUGGGCCGGUAGCGUUCCUGAACUCUCGCAUAUCAAUACCCACCUUUUCCAGUGCAAUGUGACCGUGGAAGGAACGGCGACGUACAGACUUCUUAACGACAGUGAUGGAAGAUUUCGUUUAAAUUCAACCACCGGAAGCGUAUUUACGCAUGCGCUUUUGGAUUAUGAGCAGACCCCAACACUGCAAAUAAUAAUUGAAGCAACGGACAGUCAGGACAGCGGACGCGGCACCGCAACCGUAACUGUUAACGUGCACGAUGUAAACGACAACAAGCCAACGUUUACGUCAUCGGUGUACAACGUCAGCGUCUCAGACGGCGCAAAGGCCGGUACGACUGUCCACCACUUCUCUGCAUCAGACCGCGAUGGCCCCGGACCGAACAGUCACAUUACGUACAAGAUCAAAAGCCAAGAUACAUCCGGGAAUGGAACAUUUGUGAUCAACAGCACAACAGGUGUACUUUCUGUGGCCAAUAACAAAACCAUCAACCGGGCUGAAAAGUCUGAAUAUAAGUUUGACGUCAUUGCCAUGGAUGCCGGCGUGCCAUCAAACUCCGGGACGGCCAUGGUAACAAUACACGUGGUUGGUGAGACAAAGGAGAAAACCAGCAAAGCCCCGAACAGUUUGAGGAUGAUGUGGACUACAUGCGUUAUCACGGUGAUCUUAGCCAGGGGCGUAUCCAGAAUGCGCCACUAGAAAAAGCAUAACUUCGAGGCGUAAAUUUCGACAUGCGCCUUUGCCCCUUGAUCCGAAAUGCAUAUUUAAAUAUUAGUAAGGGGUAAACCCAUCGCAAUCUGCAAGCUUUAGCAUCUAUUUUUCUAUAUAUUUAUGUCCGUUUCGGGUAACCCGACCCUACCUAUAAAAAUGCGCCGACCCUAACUAUUUUUUUUUCGUUUCUGAGCAAAAAAAUAUUCGUUAGUAAAUAGAAGUUACGAAGGGCGGAUAAAUGCAGAUUUUCACAGAAUUAUUGUUAAUAUGAUAAAACAAAGUCAGGCAAUGACAGUAAUGUAGGAAAGACUGCCAUGUGCAAGAAAACACUCUGAACUUACGACAGAUUUUGAAAAAAAAUAUUAAAAAAAUCCCUACCUACCCUACCUAGAAAUUUUGGGAAGGUUACCCUAAACAAACAUUUUUUUUUGGCCUUAUAUACAAUUUACUGGGGGGAAGGGAUGGCGGCACGCGAAUUCGGUCAAGCAGUUUUUCUCAAUGAUUGCCAUCCUGAAAGAAAUAUAAUGUUCGAACAUUUCUUGAUAUGUUUUACUUAGAUACUUCUUCAUUUUAUUAUAUUUAUGUUUGCUGGUGCCCAUGUCUACAGACUAUGUUAAAGUAUCCCUGGAGGGAUCAUUCCCACAACGUCCUGGUUUUGGGACAGAUCUUAAUACCAUUACAAUUUGUACACUCUGAACGAGUUUGUAUCGAGUAUUAAUUAAUAUUAAGUUACGGAUAUGAAACUUCUCUCUUGAGGGUCGAUUUUUUUUUCUGGAAAACAUAAAUGUUCUUAUAUUCGAAAAAUGUUCACUAGUUCCUCUUUUUUUUAGAUAUUAAUAACUUUUUUGGUGAUAUACAUUUGCGUUCCUAUCCUGUGGCCGAGGUACGCUUCCCCAUCUUCUGUAUAUGGCCAACAUUGAACUCGAACAUCUCGUGAAGAAAAUUAAUAUGUUUGGUUUGUUAAACUGUAGAUAUAGUCACUAGGUCGAUGUUUAACAAGGUUUUUGAAAGAUGCAUUCCAUUUUAUUUGUUGUUGUUUUUUUUUUUUUUUUUUUAUUUCAAAAUCUAAAAACUCGUGAAAAAACAAAGUUUGGUUUUUUAUACUGUAGAUAUUGAAGAUGAAUUCCAUUUUAUGUGUGUAUUGUUUUGUUUUUAUUAUUAAAAAUCUAAAAACGGGUGAAGAAAAAAUAUUGUUUGAUUGUAUUUGAUUAAUAUACAGUAACUGUAGAUAUUGAAAAUGAGUUCCAUUUGAGGAGUGUUUGUCCAUGUUAGUUUCUAUAUUGAUUGAAAAGUAAAUGACAAUAAUGAAAUAUUUGAACUUCCAAUAUAUGAGAAAAAGCCCUGUUAAUUAACAAUACCUUAUUUACAUGAGAGAAAAAAUGUUUAACCUCCAAGUAAUACAAUUUCAAAUUAUGCAUGUAUGUUGUUAACUAACUAUAUAUGAACACUUUUGUAUGAUAUCCUGUAAUAUUUGUUUAUGUUAAACUAGUGUUUAUACGUUGACAAAACACAUAUGAAAACAUGUUUGUAUGUAAGACAAUGUUCGUUGAAAGAAAAAGUCUAAAUAAAUCUGUCUGUUA